AUGCCGCUUUGCACCAUCGAUGAGUUCGAAAAGGAGGUGCUAGAUAUAGGGGCUAACGCCUCAGAUGCGUACGAGGAAUCAGACGCGCCCUUCGCCGCCGACGCAGAUGACGACGAAGACCUGGGUGUAUUCGUCUUCUACCAGGGCGACGUGGACGGCGUCUGUGCGCUGUUCAUACUGGAGCAUCACAAGCGGCUUAGCCACGGCCUGAAGCUGACGAGCUACCCAGUGCACUGCGAAGCGGACAUAUACAGCUACAUAAAGAAGAACCUCAGCAUCAUCACAACGUACCCGGAUGUACAGCAUGAGGCUUACUUGCGGGUCGUACUGCUAGGGGUACAUGGCUGGGACCCGGAGCUUCUCUACGCCAUCAAGGUCCACUUCUCCCAGAAACUUCCGGAGUCUCGAAGAUCGGAGCUCAAGAUAUGCAUUGUGCCGGCUUCGAGGCCGCUCACGUUUUUCAACGUCUCAUUCGACGCCGACUGGUAUUUUUUCGUCGGGAAUGAGGAGGAAGUGGCGCUGGAGCAGUCAAUCCAAGAGCGGGAGCUAGUGGGUGGUAUAUACAUGUCGACCUCGGUAGCCUCCCUUAUCGCAUCAAUCACCAAGACCACCCAUGAGUCCAGCAGAGCGGCGAUCAUGUACGCAUCGGCUGUCGCUACCAUCAGCCGCAUGGAGCAUUCCUGUUCCUUGGACACAAACGUGAACACGCAAAUCACCCGGCUAUUCCAGGAGAUUUCGAUGCUUGACGGUGGGCCGUAUGUGCAGUACGACUCGGAACGCACACCUUUCCCCCUCAUAUCAUUCACGUAA